UCCUGUGAGAUGACGUCACGUAAAAGAGACUGAGCGCUAAAUCCUUAAUCACGUUCGGAGUUGUAAGAGCAGAAACCCGCCGUGUGGAUUUUUCACGACCUCAUCAUCACGUCUGCAGCAAACUUCGUCUCGGCGGAAGCCGAAGUUCGGGGCUGGAGCUGGAAGUCUCCAGGUGAGACCCGCGGAGCCUACGUCAUUUCCCCGGGGAGUGACGUGGGAGGUCCGAGAGGUUUCCAUCUGGGCAUCUGGGAGAACUUGGGCUCUUUUUUCCCCCCUCUGCCGGGCAGAUCAGGAGGCUGACCUGCGGAGGACCAGCUCGGCUCUGGGUCUGUUGUGUUUUUUUUUUAACAGCAGAGUAAAUCUGGCACAGCGAGGCGGAGGAGGCGCUCCGAGCCGUGCGUAAAAAAACUGUUUCGCCCGAAGGCUUGACGAUCAACUGCCAGAAGGAGUUUGGAAAUCACGCGACAUGGCCUGAAAUCUUCCUUAAAAAAAAAAAAAAACUUUAGUCAGAGUUGCUUGACUUCUCUGGGGAAGUCGAACAACUUCCCCAGAGAAGUUGUUACGAUUAGUGUUUAGUUUUUGGGGUUUUUUUGUUUUUUGGAGCGGGCGACGAGCUCGCACUUUCACAGGUUUCCUCUCUGUCCGCUUGGGUCGGAGAGGAGAUGAUCGCGCAGGAUGGGACUGUGCCUCGGGACCGAAGACACGGAGGAGGAGAGGAGGGCCAAGAUCCACAGCGCCAAGAUCGACGGGGAGCUGUACGAGUGCGCAAAGCGCGAGAUGAGCGUGGUUAAGAUCCUCAUCCUGGGAGCGGGAGAGAGCGGGAAGAGCACUUUGGUCAAACAGAUGAAAAUCAUCCACAGCAACGGCUUCACCAAGCAGGAGCUGAGCAGCUUCAAGCCGGCGGUGUUAGAUAACCUCCUGACUUCCAUGAAGUUUGUCCUCCAUGGAAUGGGCGUCCUCCGGAUCAACCUGGCUAACAGCAGGAAUAAGGUCCACGCCCAUUCGGUCCUGUCGUGUGGGCGGUGUUUCGACGAGGAGCAGGUGCUGCUCCCCUUCCUGAGCCACGCCCUGUCCUGCCUGUGGGCCGACCAGGGGGUGAGGGCUGCGGCCGCCCGCGGCUACGAGUACGAGCUGAACGACUCGGCGCUGUAUUUCUUUGAGAACAUGAGCCGCCUCACGUCUGUAGACUACGUGCCCACGGAGACGGACGUCCUCCGAGUGCGGCUGAGGACGACGGGCGUGAUAGAGACCCAGUUUAAAGUCAAUCACCUGACUUUCAGGAUGUACGACGUCGGAGGUCAGAGAACCGAACGCAGGAAGUGGAUCAGCUGUUUCGAGGACGUCCGAGCGGUCCUGUUUGUCGUGGCUCUUAGCGGAUACGACAUGACUCUGGUGGAAGACCCCUCGGUGAACCGCCUUCAGGAGAGCAUGAAACUUUUCUCCUCCAUCUGCAACAACGUCUUCUUCCGCAGCACCUCCAUGAUUUUAUUCAUGAACAAGAUAGACCUUUUCCAAGACAAGAUCUUACACACAGGACGGCAUCUGCGGUUAUAUUUACCACAGUUUAAAGGUGCGGACUGUGACGUCGAUUCGGCCGCACGCUUCAUCCUCGCCACUUUCGUCUCGCUCAACAAGAGCCCCAAGAAGCUCAUCUACCACCACUUCACCACCGCAACCGACACCUCCAACAUCCAGGUCGUCUUUCAGGUGGUUAUGGAGACGAUCAUUAAGGAGAACCUGGAGGCUGUGUCGCUCCUGUAGCCGGCGGCGGCGCCACGGACCCCCAUAGACUGAGACCUCAGUGACGUUUCAUUUAAAAAGACUGAAAUGAACCAAAACAAAGUUUGUCCUCUAUUAAUAUUUAACUUCCCACAAGACAAAGCUCUGAAGCUUUUGGCAGUGCUUCCAAAAACAUCCGGGCUUUUGCCUUUGCAUUUGUGACCGAAGCACAGCGGAGAGGCGCAGUGAGGAUUUACUGUUUGUCCGCCACCUUCCUGCUCGCAGGAUUCACCCAUGCAUACCAUCGUGUGUUUUUCCCCCUCAUCCAUCACCGUGUCUCUGCGCCGUGCGUCACAGCCUCCUAAUGAGGCGCUCAUGGCCGCAUAACUGCUCGCAGGUUUGUGUUCGCCCGAGAUCCCAGGCGCAGCAGGCGCCUUAAUCUGCGCCAUUAACUGUCCCACUGACUUCAUACCAGCCACCAAUGAUGCGGCAGAGCUGAUCAGAAGCAAAACGUGUACGUUAAAAACACCCCAGAGGUCGUCUGACUUGGGUUUAAUUUGCUUUCUUUCCGCCUGUGACUCAUCCUCUGAUGACCUCUGAUUUGAAGCGCUGCCUCCUGCUUGUGUGAGCCGUGGUGUUUUCUGUUCCAGAGUUUGUUUCUGAAGGUUCCCCCUGAGCGACCGACACGACUUCAGUAAUAAACAGUGUUUGUCCAUGACUGACUUUACUGAAACGAAAAAAAAAAAACACCCAAAAGUGCUUUAUAUGAUGAA